AUGGCCCGGCCGUUCCAGAAGAUCGGCCACGGCCUCGAGAGGUUCUCGUUCAGGCGCCGGAGGUCGGCGUCGUCGUCGUCGCCGCUGUCGCUGGCCUCGGACGGCACGGACACCUCCUCGAUGGAGGCGCAGGCGCCGGCGCCGGGGCAGCCUUGCACCAGGCGGGCGCUGUCGAGGAGCUGCGGGUCCAAGGGGAGCCGGCUGUCCGUUGACCUUCCGCCGCCGCUGGCCGGCGGCCCUUCGGAUAAGGCGGCAGCUGGGAGCUCGUCCUCGCUCGCGGUGCCGCCCAAGCCAGUCCGGCAUGAGGGCCCGCCCUCAGAUGCGGAGAUCGUGAGGGAGAAGUUCUCCAAGCUGCUGCUGGGGGAGGACAUGUCCGGCACCGGCAAAGGGGUGACCUCUGCUCUUGCCCUGUCCAACGCCAUCACUAAUCUUGCAGCUUCUGUGUUUGGUGAGCAGCGCCGUCUGCAGCCCAUGGCCGCCGACCAGAAAUCGCGGUGGAAGAAGGAGAUCGACUGGCUUUUGUCCGUCGCCGAUCACAUUGUUGAAUUUGUUCCUUCGCAGCAGGUCGCCGAGAAUGGGACCUGCAUGGAGAUAAUGAUAACCCAGCAGCGUCAAGAUCUACAAAUGAACAUCCCUGCAUUGCGCAAGCUCGAUGCAAUGCUCCUUGAAUACCUUGACAGUUUCGAGGGUAAGCAGGAGUUUUGGUAUGUGAAGAAAGAUGCAGAUGAAUCGGGGAAGGGCAGCAUGCCGAGGCAGGACGACAAAUGGUGGCUCCCAACUGUCAGGGUCCCUCCUAAUGGUCUGUCAGAUGCAUACAGGAAAUGGCUUCAGAACCAGAAGGAUCUUGUUGCACAGGUGCUGAAGGCAGCAAUGGCUAUCAAUGCUAAUAUUCUUAUGGAAAUGGAGGUUCCUGAAUCCUACACGGAGUCCCUACCAAAGAAUGGGAAGUCCACCCUUGGAGAUUCAAUGUACAAACUUAUAACCGACGAUUAUUUUGACCCUGAAGAACUUCUACGCUCCGUAGACUUGUUGGAUGAACACAACAUUGUUGAUCUGAAGAACCGAGUCGAAGCCUCAGUAGUCAUCUGGCAGAAGAAAAUGACCCACAAGGACAGCAAAUUGUCGUGGGGGCAUAAUGUCAGUCACGAGAAGAGGGGAAUGUUUGAAGGGAGGGCAGAAAAUGUUCUUCUCCUUAUCAAGCACAGAUUUCCCGGCAUCGCCCAGUCGGCUCUAGACAUAAGUAAAAUCCAAUGCAACAAGGAUGUUGGCCUUGCCAUUUUGGAGAGUUACUCCAGGACUCUGGAGAGCUUAGCUUUCACAGUCAUGUCUCGAAUUGAAGAUGUUCUCAGCGCGGACUUGGCCACUCAAGAUCCCAAGAACGCAGAAUCAAUGAGAAUGGCCAGUUUAACUUCAGACGACACCGACAAGGUUGUCUCGGAUGCUAAGGCCGAGGUAGAGAAGAUGAGGAGAAUGGAGCCAGUUUCGCCGAUGCUAUACGACUACGUGGGCCCACGGGACCAAGACCUCAGCACAUAUAUCAAGGAGGGUGUUAACGGUCCAAAGCUGACAAAGAUGUCAUCAGUUGCAAACAAGAGGUUUUCAUACCUUGAGAAUUUGGGUGGAACAAGAAGCCCAAUAGCUAGACACUAG